AUGUCAAGACCCUUCCUCGAGCACCGAGUGCUCGCACUGUACGGCGCCAAUGACGUUCUCCCCACGCAUAUCAACAAGAUUGUCGACGUUCUCGUUAACGUCAGCGGUGAUACCUCGCCUGAAAAGCGCUCGAUUUGGGUCCGCGGUGUAAUCGGCGCUCUGAUCAAAACCCCGAAUAUCUGCAAGCUCGCCUAUAAGCCGGGUGACAAAAGGAGGAGCAGGGUCAUGUCGUCAUCGGGGCGUCAAGAGGCUUUGAGUGUCGCAGUCAUCAUGGGAAAGAGGGACACUGUCUGCGCACUUACUACCGAGCAGGGUGCCAUGUGGACAAAGUGCUCGACAGGAUCUGAGCUGGGUUGUGCGCUGGAGUUGGCCGUGCAAAACGAUGACCUCGAUCUUGUUGAGGUACUACUAUCUCAUACUCAGCGAUCAACUGUGAGCCAGAUCAUGAAAGUACAAACCAUGACGGUCGUAAGCGGCAUUAUGCAUGCUAUCCGGAGCAAUGAGCCCAUCGCGCUGGUUUUGCUGGAAUGGUACAUCUCAAAUGCCAAGCACAAGGAGAUACGCUACCUCAGGGACUGGUUCGAAGAAGCCUGUGCAUCUGAAUUGAUGGGCUUCCUGGGAAGGCUGAUUGCACUGUCCACGCCAAGUAUGCGAAAAGAAUUCAGACGGAGCUUCCUCACGAUAGCCGACCCGCAUUCCUACGUAUAUGGAUAUGGCAGACGCCAUCGUUUCGAUCCUCAGCUCUUCCGUGUUCUCGUAUCCUUCUUGUUGGAUGCCGGCCUGUUUGACCGCAGCAACAUGGACUCAUCCGAAUGGACAGAGCGCGCUCAAUUCCACGGUUUGAUCAACACUGCGGUAAGGAGAGGAGACUUGAAUGCACUUGAGCGCGUCAUGGCGGCCAGCGCAAAUUCUGAUCGCCUACGCCCCAAUGCUAAGGGUCUGUCAACUUCUCUGCGCCUCGCCGCUCAACAAAGCCGUUUCGAUAUCUUCAAGUUGUUGGUUGAUCACGGCGCCGAUCCUGGACUCGAUGUCGGUAUGCAAGGCCCGAAAUAG